AUGACGUCUACCGCUCCAGCCGCAUCUGUGGCCUCGCACUCCUCGGACGCAUCUCUCACUUCUGCUCAAGGCGCCACGAGCCAAUCGCAAUCCUCGACUGCCCACACUACGAUCUCGUCCAAUCCUUCUGCUCACGUAGUCAACAGUGCACCGCUUACCUCAGCUCUUCCUCAGGCCCAGGCCCAGGUUCAGACGCAGCCAGUGGUAGCAUCUGUGAUCGAGUGUCCUGCCUUAACGCCCCUGCAUCUCAUAGCUCCAGGCGUGUCAUACCUCUCCAUGCCCUCCCUCUUGUCCCUGCUACCACCAGACACUAACCGUGGUCCUGCUGCUUCCUCCAGCGCUGGCGUCCUCGACCACAAUUCGGCGUAUCAUGACACUGUCAACAUGAACGGGUCAACGAGCCACGCGCAAGAUCAACAGAUCGACGUGUCCUUCUUGGACAUGCUCAACCUCAAGAUGUUGAUGCUGCUCUCGCCAGAACGGCCAUCCGCAAGACUAUGCAGAUGGGCACAUGCAAGCCGAGUCAAGAUGGUUCAUUUCGGCCUCGGUCCUUGUCCCGUCUCAGCACGCCCUGUCGCCAAAGGCGCCGCCGCCGCACCAACGAGCGCACGAGACCAGCUUACUCGGGCAGGCGAGGAUCAGCACGAAGACAGGGAAGCGCACGACACGGAGAGAUUGAUCAAAGAAGCGCUAGAGUUGAUUUUGGAUCGUCACAAUCUUCCUAUCCUGGUAGUGGACACCUCAGGCGCAAAUGAGGGGGCCCUACUGCUGGGCUGCUUUCGUCGCUUGCAGGGACGAAACUUCGCCAACAUUUGCGCAGAGUAUAGGUCCAUCGCUGGUUCCAGGGCCAAGACGACCAGCGAGAGGUUCAUCGAAAUGUUCGACACCGACCUCAUCGCGCUGCCUCCACCGGACCGCUUGCCCGAUUGGUGGAAUGAGCAGUUGGAGGAUGAUGAAGUGGACGGGAGCGUGUGA